AUGAAGUUUGUUUCCGCUAUUUUGAUGGCCUCCGCUGUUUUGGCCGCCCCAGCUGUCCAACACCAGGACAAGCAUGCUCAUGAAAAGAGAGAUCUUGUUGUUGUCACCGAAUACGUUGACCAAGACGGUAACAUUUUCACUCCAACUGAAGUCGUCAAUGAUGCUCCAGCUGCCACUCCUACUCCUGCUCCAGCCGCUGCUCCAUCUUCUGCUGCUCCAGCUGCUCCAGCUGCCUCCCCAGCUAAGGACACUACUACUUUGGCUCCAUCUUCUUCUAAGCAACAAGCCUCUCAACCAACUACUGGCUCCUCCUUCACUGGUGGUGCUUUCCAAGAUGGUACCAUUCCAUGUUCUCAAUUCCCAUCCGGUAACGGUGUUGUUGCCUUGGACUGGUUGAACAUGGGUGGUUGGGCCUCUAUCAUGGACUUGAACGGUAACACUGCUUCUUCUUGUCAAGAAGGUUUCUACUGUUCUUACGCCUGUGAAUCUGGUAUGUCCAAGACUCAAUGGCCAUCCAACCAACCUGCCGAUGGUAGAUCUGUUGGUGGUCUAUACUGUAAGGGCGGUUUCCUAUACCGUGCUAACACUAACGCCAACACCUUGUGUGAACAAGAUGCUGGUACCGCUUUCGCCGAAAACCAAGUUGGUCAAUCCAUUGCUAUCUGUAGAACCGAUUACCCAGGUUCUGAGAACAUGGUUAUCCCAACUGUUGUCGGUGCUGGCUCUACUCAACCUAUCUCCGUUGUCAAGGAAGACUCUUACUACCAAUGGAAGGGUAUGAAGACCUCUGCUCAAUUCUAUGUUAACAACGCAGGUGUCUCUGUUGAAAACGGUUGUAUCUGGGGUAACGAAGGUUCCGGUGUCGGUAACUGGGCCCCAGUCGUUUUGGGUGCUGGUGAAACCAACGGUAUCACUUACCUAUCUAUCAUUCCAAACCCAAACAACAGAACCCCACCAAACUUCAACGUCAAGAUUGUUGCCACUGAUGGCUCUUCUGUUAACGGUGCUUGUAAGUACGAAAACGGUGUCUACUCCGGUUCUGGCUCUGACGGUUGUACCGUCUCUGUCACUUCUGGUUCUGCCAAGUUCGUUUUCUACUAA